GUAUCUCCCUAUGUCCAUAUUAACCUCUCUCAUCAACAAUGCCUCGACCACUUCUCCUCCUCCUCCUCCUCCUCCUCCUCCUCCUUUCCAUCGCCGUCGCCGCCUCCGCUCACAGCGGCCACGACGAUGACGACGAGACUCCGCCAGACAAUAUUAACCUCCGGGCCAGGCCGCUGAUUCUGGUAAAGAUUUGGUGUCUGAUAGUCAUCUUCUUCGGGACUUUCAUCCCGGGAGUUUCGCCUUAUUUCUUGAAAUGGAAUCAGGGUUUCUUGGUUCUGGGGACCCAGUUUGCCGGGGGCGUGUUUCUCGGGACCGCCCUGAUGCAUUUUCUGAGUGAUGCUGAUGAGACUUUUAAGGACUUGACGGAUAAAGAGUACCCUUUUGCGUUCAUGUUGGCUAGCGCUGGGUUCUUGAUGACAAUGUUAGCUGAUUGUGUCAUUUCCUAUGUGUUUUCCAAGAAAAGGGAUGGUGGCUCUGUUUCUGAUCAUGAGAUUCAAGGGAGGGUUGAACAGGAGAAAGGUGUCACAGCAUCACAGUUUGAGAGCCAUAAUCACUUUGUAAAUGCAUCUGUCGCGAAUGUUAGCUCACUUGGGGAUAGUGUUCUAUUGAUAGUGGCAUUGUGUUUCCACUCUGUGUUUGAGGGCAUUGCGAUUGGAGUUGCUGAGACUAAAGCUGAUGCUUGGAAAGCCUUAUGGACGAUUUCUCUGCACAAGGUAUUUGCAGCCAUUGCAAUGGGAAUUGCUCUUCUCCGAAUGAUGCCUAACCGUCCCUUCCUAUCAUGUGUUGCCUAUGCUUUUGCAUUUGCUAUUUCAAGUCCUAUUGGCGUGGCCAUUGGAAUCAUAAUAGAUGCGACAACCCAAGGUCCUCUUGCAGAUUGGAUAUUUGCGAUUUCAAUGGGUCUGGCAUGUGGAAUAUUCGUCUAUGUAGCAGUAAACCAUUUAAUGGCCAAGGGCUACACACCUGAUAAGGCAGUUUCUGUGGACAAACCCCAUUACAAGUUUUUGGCAGUGUUGUUAGGCGUUGGCGUGAUAGCUGUUGUGAUGAUCUGGGACACUUGAACACAUGCCAAAGGUUGUUCCUUUACCAUAUUAGUUUGUUUGUGAAACAAUACCUAAUGAAUCAUCUAUAGAAUGCAGCAUUUUAAAAAGUAGCAACGCGAGGAUCAUAGCUAAAUUGGUUUUGUUUGUAUUAACGUCGUAAAAUUAUUAGGUGGGGAGACAAGAUGUGCUGUCAUUCCCAAAUCCCAAUAUAGUGAAAUUUUUAGACC